AUGGUAGAUAGUGUAAAGGAAUUCGGUUGUACUCCUGCUGCUCGCAUCUCAGCAAACAACUGGAAAGAUUCUUCUAAUCCAUUUUCUGUAAAACCAGCAGUCAAAGAAGUCCAAGAGAUGACAUUUGGUGAUGCUGUCCCUCUAAAAGCUUUCACAACAUUUGAAGUGCUGCAAGAGCAUUUCAUGAUGCUUUUACUUGGUGAAAUAUGGUUUACUGUUGUAAAAAUAGACGUGCAUUUGGGAGAAACAUAUAUGUCAUACAGUACCUCACUUGAAUCAUUGAGAGAUUCACAAUCACCACCAAAAGAUGGAGAAGAGUGUUUAAAUGUAUUGAAUCCUAUCAUUGAUUUAAAUGCAAAUACUAAUGAAGAACCACUAACAAAUGAAUCAACACCGGCAAAUGAAGUUGUGAAUGAAGAAAAUGUUGAGAGCAGUGACAUUGUUAUUCAAAAGUCCAAGAGGAAGAAAACUUCUCUAGUUUGGGAUCACUUCAAAAAAGUAGAAUUAAAGAAUGGAAAAAAAUGGCAAUGUAUACACUGUAAAAACAAUUAUUCUGUUGUUGCUAGUGGAUCAACCAGUCAUUUGAUGAGGCAUUUAAAACAAACAUGUCAUGGUUACAAGAAGCUAGUAGCACAACAAAAAAAAUUAAACUUUAAGCCAGCAAAAAGCAAGAUUGAUGAGAAGCUUUCUGGACCACUACUAAUGAAUUCAGGAGGUAAAUAUGACCAUGAAAGACAUCGAGAAGCCACCGCACAUUGGAUUAUGAUGCAUGAACAUGCAUUUAGUAUUGUUGAGGAAGAAGGUUUUCAUUUUAUGAUGAAGUGUUCUAAUAUUUCAUAUGAGAAAAUUAGUCGGAAGACAUUGAAGAAUGAUCGUAUUGCUGUUUAUGAAGCUGAAAGAAAAAAGUUGAAGUCUACUUUAAGGACAAAACACAUUCUUAGUUUUGUUCUUGUUCCUCCUCCUCGGCGUGGUGUUGAUAUUGCUGAUGCUAUCUUCAAAUGUCUUAAAGAUUGGGGUAUUGAAAAUAAAAUAUUUAGUGUAUCAGUGGAUAAUGCACAUUACAACGAUAGAUGUUUGAAAGAGUUAAAAGUUCUGAUUUUAAGGCACCAGAAAUUAGUGUUAGAUGGAAAGUUAUUUCAUGCGCGUUAUUGUGCGCAUAUACUAAAUUUGCUUGUUCAAGAUGGUAUUGGGAAAAUAGCAAAAAUAGUUGAAGACGUGCGUGAAAGUGUGAAGUUCAUCAAUCAGUCUGAAGCAAGGUUGCAAACAUUCUCACAAAUAGUUCAACAACUAAAGCUUGGUGGUAAAAAAUUAAUUCUUGAUUGCCCUACUCGUUGGAACUCCACCUAUCAAAUGUUAUUAGUUGCAAUGCAGUUCAAAGAAGUCUUUCCUCAUUUUCAAGAUCGAGAACCAAGCUAUACAACUCUUCCAGAUGAUGAUGAUUGGGAAAAGGUUGAAAAAGUUUCCAAGUUGCUAGAGGUAUUUAAUGUUGUUACAAAUAUUAUUUCAGGUAGUGAAUAUCCAACUGCUAACUUAUAUCUUGCUGAGGUAUUUCGAAUCAAACUAGUUUUAGAUCAAGCUAUCCAAGAUGAAUAUGAUUUUAUGAAAGAAAUGGCAAAAGCGAUGAAGGGAAAAUUUGACAAAUAUUGGAGCCAAUUUGAAGCUAGAAAAAAUAUAGAAAAUGUGCGUAUCGCGCUUGAUGAUAUGUACAAAGAGUAUGCUGAUAUACUUAGUGAGCAUAGUGAAGAAGGAUCUAGUAGAAGUGGUGUUGAUCAAAAUGGGCUUAUUUUGGAGUCACAAAAAUCCUCAGGGUGGUCAUUGUUAAUGAAUUAUGUCGAAGAGCAACAAGCAAUUCCUGCUGUAAAAUCUGAAAUUGAAGAGUAUUAUAAUGAGCCAACUUACAAACCUAAAGAUAACGACCAUAUGUCAUUUUGUGCCUUGGAAUGGUGGAAAUUGAAUUGUGGAAAAUAUAGAGUGUUGUCCCAUAUGGAAGCAGAUGUUCUUGCCAUUCCAAUAUCUACUGUGGCUUCAGAGUCAACCUUUAGCGCCAGAGGGAGGGUUAUCGAUUCAUUUCGAGCUUCUUUAAGUUCAUCUACUGUCGAAGCUUUAAUUUGUAGUGGUGGAGCAAGUGCAAACAGAAAUUACAUUACUCCCUUGAUGAUAAAUAGAGAGCUAUCAAUGCAGGUAUCACAUGUUGUUGACUUAGAAGCCCCACCAGUCCAGGUUGAUACACCUGCUGCCGAUGCUGUCGUUCUUAAUGGGGAAAAAACUAUGGAAGUGAUUAAGCGCAUUACGAUGGAAGUUGUCGAACCUUCCGCAAAGAAAAAAUCUGCUAAGAAAAAUGGAAAUGUUAAUUCAAGGCUUACAAAGACCGCCAACACCAUAAUGGCUGGAAAAAAAAAUGGAGACUGCAGCUUCAAAUAUGGAAAAAUGAAAGACUGUUAUGAAACUGAUUACCAAAACUGUAGUGGCCGACAAAAAAGUUGA